CAAUCCCUGCCAGACAGACAUCAGGCAGGGGUGGUAGGGUGGGGCGGAGAUCAGGAAAACACAAGCCACUCUAGCCCUCCUCUCCUGAAUCACCUGCUCUGGCAUGCCUGCGGCUGUAGGUGUUAAUUUGGGGGCCUCUGGGCCCUGAGCUUAGUGGAUGCCACAAGAGAAACAUGAGAAUCCAGAACUCCCUCCUCCUGGUAGUCCUCCUGGCUUUGGAGACCCAGUUGCCUGUGGCCUUGUGUAGGAAGAAGGGAGACAAAUCGGGGGCCUGCCCGCCGGACGACAGACCCUGCACCCAGGUGACUCCGGAUCAGUGCAUGAACGACCGCCAGUGUCCCUCAUCCUGGAAGUGCUGCUCCCGAGCCUGCUUCCGCCAGUGUGUCCCGAGGGUCUCCGUAAAGUUGGGCAGCUGCCCCGUGGAUCAACUCCGCUGCCUCGGUCCUACGAAGCACAUGUGUAACCAAGACUCGGACUGCUCAGGCAGGAAGCGGUGCUGUGCCAGCGCCUGCGGCCGGGACUGCCGAGACCCCAGCAAAGGCUAAUUCCAGCUUAGGAUCUGUGGCUCUGCACCCCAGGUGUGGUUCCCACCAGGAAGAGCUCAUGAUGGCGGCCAGGGAUCCCGCCUCCCAGAUCACCUCUCCGGAGACAGCUGCCCUGUUGUCACUACCCCUACAACUCCCGCCUUCUCAGGUCCCCACCUCAAAGGCACCCCAAAAGCACCCUGUCCCACUGCCGUGAUGAGCUUCCAUCCUAGCUCAAAAUCAUUUUUACAUCUUUCCGUAAUUGUUUCCUCCACUUAAAAUGCCAAGUCGGGCAACCCCUUCUCUGCGGAGCCCUGAACCCACCUUCCAGCAACCCUCCCCCACAAAAUGUAUGUCCAGUGGAAUUCUUUAAAAUAUCAGUCCAUCCACACGUGCUGUUCCAGUCUUCCCUGCCCCUUGAGAAUCACACCAGAAGCGUAUAAAGUUGUGUAAAGUGCCCCUGUC